CCCCGCUCUAGAUGGGGUAAGCUGUAAACAUGUUUAGCUUUGAAGGGGAUUUCAAAACAAGGCCCAAGGUGUCUCUCGGAGGAGCGAGUAGGAAGGAAGAAAAGGCUUCUCUCCUGCAUCGUACUCAGGAAGAAAGGAGAAAACGAGAGGAAGAAAGGCGGAGGCUGAAAAAUGCAAUAAUAAUCCAGUCAUUUGUAAGAGGGUACAGAGACAGAAAACAUCAAUACUCUAUCCAAAGAAGUGAAUUUGAUCACUGUGCUGAUUUGGCCCAGUCUGGAGGAACCUUUUCCACUACUAAUGGAGCCAAUUUGACUCUUUUAGUUCGUCAGUUGCUCUUUUUCUAUAGACAGAAUGAGGAUUCUAAGCGUUUGGUAUGGAUGUGUCAGAAUUUAAUUAAACAGAGUUCUCAGUUUGUUAAGCAAUUGGAUGGUCCAGACAGACUUACUUGCUUAUUCCAAAUAAAAAGACUGUUGGGGCUGUGUUGCAGGCUAUUGCAAAAUUGCAAUGAUGACAGUCUGAAUGUUGCACUUCCUAUGAGAAUGCUUGAGGUAUUUUCAUCUGAGAAUACGUAUUUGCCUGUUUUACAAGAUGUCAGCUAUGUGACAUCAUUAAUUGAACAAAUUUUGCACUACAUGAUUCAAAAAGGCUACUACAAGUCGCUUUAUUUGUUAAUUAACAAUAAGCUUCCCUCGAGUAUUGAGUAUUCUGAUGUUUCUCGAGUCCCUAUUGCAAAAAUACUUCUGGAGAAUGUUCUGAAGCCAUUGCACUUUACAUAUAGCUCCUGUCCAGAAGGUGCAAGGCAGCAGAUUUUUGCAGCCUUCACAGAGGAGUUUCUGGCAGCACCUUUUACAGAUCAGAUAUUCCAUUUCAUCAUUCCAGCGCUUGCUGAUGUGCAGACCAUUUUCCCUUAUGAACUCUUUCUGAAUGCACUAUUAGUAGCAGAAAGUGGAUGUUCAAGAAGUGAUCAAGCCCCAUGGCUUUUUUACUUUGUGUUAACAGUUGGAGAGACAUAUUUGGGGUCCCUUUCAGAGGAAGGACUUCUUGUGUAUUUGAGGGUACUCCAAACUUUUCUCUCUCAGCUGCCUGUGUCUACUGCUGGUACAAAUUGUCAAGAUGCAAACAGUGAUUCUGAAGAUGAGGAUGAAGAGAUCAGUAAAAUGACAACUACACCAGGUGAUGGGAGAAUAUCAGUUCAGUACAUAACUGAGGAGUGUCUAAAGAAAUUAGAUACAAAGCAGCAGACAAAUACUCUACUGAAUAUGGUUUGGAGAGAUUCAGCUAGUGAAGAGGUCUUUACCCUGAUGGCAUCAAUCUGCCACACGCUAAUGGUACAACACCGAAUGAUGGUGCCAAAAGUCAGGCUUCUUUAUAGUUUAGCCUUUAAUGCCAGAUUCCUGAGACAUCUUUGGUAUUUGAUAUCUUCAAUGACUACACGAAUGAUUACAGGGUCUAUGGUGCCACUCCUUCAAGUGAUUUCAAGAGGCUCUCCAAUGUCUUUAGAAGAUUCCAGUCGAAUUAUCCCUCUCUUCUACCUUUUCAGUUCUUUGUUUAGUCAUUCACUUAUUUCUAUUCAUGAUAAUGAAUUCUUUGGUGAUCCAAUAGAAGUUGUAGGUCAAAGACAAUCAUCAAUGAUGCCUUUUACACUAGAAGAGCUUGUAAUAUUAUCACGCUGCCUUCGAGAUGCAUGUUUAGGAAUCAUAAAGUUGGCUUACCCAGAAACAAAACCAGAGGUUCGUGAGGAAUAUAUUGCAGCAUUUAGAAGUGUUGGAGUAACAAAAAAUACGGAAAUGCAGCAAUGUAUACAGACGGAACAAAAAAGGUGGAUUCAGUUAUUCAAGGUCAUCACAAACUUAGUGAAAAUGUUGAAAUCGAGAGAUACAAGGAGAAAUUUCUGCCCACCAAAUCACUGGCUCUCAGAACAAGAAAACAUUAAAGCGGAUAAGGUUACACAGCUGUAUGUGCCAUCUGCUAGACAUGUCUGGAGAGUCAGAAGAAUGGGAAGAAUAGGACCAUUGCAAUCUACUUUGGAUGUGGGUUUGGAACCAGCACCUCUUUCUGUAUCUGAAGAACGACAACUUGCAAUUCUGACAGAGCUACCUUUUGUAGUUCCUUUUGAAGAAAGAGUAAAGAUUUUUCAAAGACUGAUCUAUGCUGAUAAACAAGAAGUUCAAGGAGAUGGGCCCUUUUUGGAUGGAAUUAAUGUCACUAUCAGAAGAAAUUAUAUUUAUGAAGAUGCUUAUGAUAAACUUUCUCCUGAAAAUGAACCUGACCUAAAAAAGCGCAUUCGUGUUCACUUACUUAAUGCACAUGGUCUUGAUGAAGCUGGUAUUGAUGGUGGUGGAAUUUUCAGAGAAUUUCUGAAUGAACUACUUAAAUCAGGAUUUAACCCUAACCAGGGAUUUUUUAAGACCACCAAUGAGGGACUUCUUUACCCUAACCCUGCUGCACAGAUGCUCGUUGGAGACUCUUACGCUCGACAUUACUACUUUCUUGGAAGAAUGCUUGGAAAGGCUCUUUAUGAAAAUAUGCUGGUGGAGCUGCCAUUUGCUAGUUUUUUCCUCUCAAAAUUACUGGGGACAAGUGCUGAUGUUGACAUUCAUCAUUUAGCUUCAUUAGAUCCAGAAAUGUACAAAAACUUGCUUUUUCUCAAGAGCUAUGAAGGGGAUGUGGAAGAACUUGGACUAAACUUCACUGUGGUAAAUAAUGACCUUGGGGAAGCACAGGUGGUUGAGCUGAAGCCAGGUGGAAAAGAUAUUCCUGUUACCAGCGCUAACCGAAUCGCAUACAUCCAUCUGGUGGCAGACUACAGGUUAAACAAACAAAUUCGACAGCAUUGCCUUGCCUUCCGUCAGGGACUGGCCAAUGUUGUGAAUCUUGAAUGGCUUCGAAUGUUUGAUCAACAGGAAAUACAGGUUCUGAUUUCUGGUGCCCAGGUUCCUAUUAGUUUGGAUGACCUUAAAUCUUUCACAAACUAUUCAGGUGGUUACACAGCAGACCAUCCUGUAAUUAAAAUAUUCUGGAGAGUUGUAGAAAGCUUCACUGAUGAAGAGAAACGCAAACUACUCAAGUUUGUAACAAGCUGCUCUCGACCGCCUCUUCUGGGGUUUAAGGCUGCAGAGCGAUUUUGGAGUGGAAGAGUUGUUUCUAGUGCCACAUUCUGCAGGGAAGCACGGCCCUUUUCCCUUGACUUCCACCUAUCCCGUUAUACUGCAACUUCACGUUCUCUUCCCUCUUCAAUCCUUUUAUUUUCCUAUUUCUUUGUAAGCUGAUAUGGGUAUGCGGCACUGCCAUUGCAGCGUGUGAUCAUUUAAACCUCCCUUUGGUACAGUUGUUCUGUAACCCUCUGUGCAGUCUUAGCCUCUGCACAGUCCCUUCAGCUGCUGUAGCAAGUGCUGUGUGGUGCUGUUAGCUGGUGGAUAGGCAACGUAUCUUCAAUAUCUAUAACAUAUAGCUCAGUUACACUCCUUUUAUAGGCACCUAGGAGAGGAAUUGGCACUUUCAGUCGAUAAUUUGUCUGCUCCACGUGUCUACUUCAGGAUGAAAUGAAUCAUGUCUUAGGCUCCACAAAACGUACUUACUAGAUCCCCUUCAACAGAAAAGAGUGUCUGGUGUGACUAGAUUUGGAUAUGGAGACAAUGGAGAUGGCUGUUUAAACACAUGAAUCCUACCUAGGGUAUUCAUUGAUUGAUUUGUGUGAUCGAUUAUUUAAAAGCCUGCAAGCAUUUCUCUUGAACUCUCCAAGUCCAUGUGAGUAUCACUGUACCAUACUCUUAGCAACAAGCAGGAUUUUAUAGGACAGUGGGAAGGACAAUUAGAAAACUGUGGGGUGAGACCAAGCUAGAACAGUGCGCAUCAGUCAUGUAAUAAAGGGAGAAUUGGGAAACAAUUGUAUGGAAACAAAGUAAACAGAAGUCUCCAUUUGUUGUCAUCCUUUUUAAUUACAAGGGGAGAGGAAGAAAUGCAGAUGUAGCUACCCAGCUUUGAGGUGGCCAGCGUGACAUUUGAAGAGAUGGAGGAAGUGAAUCAAAAGUCUAAAAAUACUAAGGCUGACCAUGACACAUUAAAAAAGAAGCCAAAUGUGGAAAGCUGAAGUCUGUGUGUGUACUUGGGAGAUAGGCCCCAACCUGACUUUAAAAUACUUGGCUUGGAAAAAAUGGAAGUUAAAUAGUCAUCAAAUUUUCAGCAUGAUAGCAGUAAGUUAAAAGAUUAAUUCACUGUACAAUGGACUUGCGAGCUCAGCCACAUGUAACAGUCUUGGCAACAGAAAGCAGAGUGAGAAGGCAUUACUGCUGCUUUGCUGGGCAGCACUGAGCGGGAGUUCAGUCAAUACUUGGAUGGUGCUUGCAGUAGCAUCUUGUUAACAUGGAUUUACCAACAAACCAGGGUUUUGCCAAAAAAGGAAGUAGGUAACUGGUAUUGUCAUCGGCAGUAAUGUCUUGGUAGCCUGUGACAGUGUGGUGUUUAGAGCUUUGAAGGCGAAGCGUGUGAAUCUGCAGGAGUGCUGAAUAUUAUUGGCCAAAUAACUGUCUGAAUAUAUUUAUGUUGAUGGUAGACAUUCACACAAGGUAUCUUCAAAAUCUAUUUACAGUUUUAAUAUGUGUACUGUAUUUUGCUGAGGGGAACACAUUUUCUGUUUCUCGCUCUGCAAUGUUCUGUACACUUUAUAUUGUGGAACCUUCACAUUUCCUUAAAGUUGGUGCCUGUUAAUUUAAGAUAAGGAAAUGUCUUGACACUCGUAGCUUAUCGAUAGCACAGUCUAACUUUGCAUCAUUUAAAAAUCUUAAACUCUCACUGCCAGAUUCAGACUCAGAAUAACAUUUACUAAAGCUAAUUAAAGUUUAAUAAGUUUAAUAAAUGUGAUUGUUACGGACAAAAAAAAAAAAAUCAUUAAAGCGUGGUUGAAAAUUGUUAAGUUCCAAUCAGGUCACAUAAUAAAUUGAUGAUACUUUUCACUUCCAAACUAUUGCAGUUUCCUGCUGUACAGUAUUUAAUUAUGCAACAAAUGGUGCCCUUGGCAUGACAUUUCAAUUUAGAACUUCAUUUUUCCAUUUUUAAAGCUAAAGUAGGGGAAUUCAAUUAGCAUUUUGAAAGGAACACUAAAAAUGCAGCAUUUUAGCCAUGAAAUACUUUUAAGGCCUCCAUUUGAACAAUAAUUUAGCUUAGAAUCUCAUUGACCUUUUGCCUUUGGAGCUGGGAUUUUUUUCCAGUUUCUAAAAUCAGAACUGCUUUACCUCAGGCAAGCAUUUGAUAAAAUGAAUACUUUCU